UUCUUCUUCUUCUUAUUCAUAUUCAUCCUCUUCUUAUGGAUCUUCCUCCCUCUAACUCUUAUCAAUCCAUAUUUGACAGGAACUUUCACUCUUUUUCUUUCAUACUUAAGGCGAAAUUCAAAUAUACACUAACCCUUUUUUUACUCUUAAUUUCUUCUGUUGUUGUUUUUAUUCUUUUAAGCUCUUUCGAAAUCGAGCCUGAGUCUCUUUUUCGUUUGAGUUUCUGGUCUCAAAUCUUACCAAACAAUAAAAAAUCAUCGGUAGGAGUUUGUGAUUACUCUUAUGGAAAAUGGGUUCGUGAUGAGUCUUAUCCCCGUCAAUCGUACGACGAAAACUGCCCGUUUCUUGAUCCUGGUUUUCAAUGCCGUCGGAAUGGCCGGGAAGAUGGAGAAUAUCUCAAAUGGCGAUGGCAACCGCAGGGCUGUGAUCUUCCAAGAUUCAAUGCCAGUGAUCUUUUGGAACACAGCCGGAAUGGUCGUAUCGUGUUUGCCGGUGAUUCGAUUGGGAGAAACCAGUGGGAGUCCUUCGUUUGCAUGCUUGCACAGGCAGUUCCCAACAAGUCUACAAUAUAUGAAGAAAAUGGAAAACCCAUAACCAAACACAAAGGCUUUCUCUCUAUGCGGUUUCAGGAAUAUAACAUGACAGUCGAAUAUUACAGAGUACCUUUCCUAGUCGUCAUCGGUCGCCCACCACAAAACUCAUCACAGGAAGUUCAAAGGACCAUUAGGGUCGAUGAGUUACACUGGUUUUCCAGGAAAUGGAUAGGAGCAAAUGUCCUAAUCUUCAACGAUGGGCAUUGGUGGAAUGAAGAUAAAACUUCAAAGAUGGGCAUCUAUUUUCAGGAAGGAGGGAAAAUAAAUACAACCAUGGAUGUGAUGGAAGCAUUUCGAAGGUCUCUGCAAACACUGAAGUCGUGGGUAAUAAAGAACCUAGAUCGGGAAAGAAGUCACACUUUCUUUCGAAGCUACUCUCCGGUACAUUACAGGAAUGGCACAUGGAAUAAAGGCGGUUUCUGUGAUAGAGAGAGAGAACCGGAAACAAUCUACACAAGGCUUGGAGCUGAGGCCCUCAAUAAUCAUUUCAUUUCAGAUGUAAUCAAGCAGAUGAGAAAUGAAAACAGGAAGGUUCAGUUCUUAAACAUUACAUAUCUGACAGAGUUCAGGAGCGACGGUCACCCCUCGUUCCAUCGUGAGCCAGGCACUCCUACUAAUGCUCCGCAAGACUGCAGCCAUUGGUGCCUACCUGGAGUGCCAGACACAUGGAAUGAGCUUCUCUAUGCUUACCUAUUAUCAAUGGAAUUCAAAACAAAGUGAUUUUACCUGGGCAGAAAAAUUACCUUGUAUUGAGAGUUUGAUUCAAUUUUAGGGAU